CUUUAACUCGAACGAUUGAUUCCAAAAACAGUCCAGUCCCAAAUGGACACCCCAUUGCUCUUCGUCUUGAUGCUCCAGCUGCACCUGUUACUCCACCUCGCCCAAUCGCACCCUGCCUCCCCAUCCUCCAUCGAACUCCCAGUCUCCAUUCGACCUCACCCAAUCACCCUCUCCGUCUCCGACUUUGGCGCCACCGGCGAUGGACGUCACUACGACACGGCCGCGAUUCAAUCCGCCAUCGACAACUGCACAUGCUCCCCCUGCCGCGUCACCUUCCCACCGGGCAACUACCUGACUGCAACGAUCUUCCUGAGAUCCGGCGUCGUUCUGGACAUCCAAGAAGGAGCCACGCUCCUUGGGGGCACGAAUAUGGAGGACUACCCGAGGGAAUCUCGGAGAUGGUACGUGGUGGUAGCGGAGAACGCGACAGAGGUGGGGAUCACCGGCGGCGGAGUGGUGGACGGGCAGGGGUCUGGGUUCGUGGAGAGGUUCGACCAGAGGAAGAACGUGAUGGUGAGCUGGAAUCAGACCGGGGCUUGUACCGGGGACGAGUGCAGGCCCAGGCUGGUCGGCUUCAUAGGCUGUACCAACAUCAGGGUUUGGAACAUCACGCUCAGAGAGCCGGCUUAUUGGUGCUUGCACAUAGUACGAUGUGAAAGCACUUCUAUUCAUGAUGUUUCGAUUUAUGGAAACUUUACUUCACCUAACAAUGACGGGAUUGAUAUAGAGGAUUCAAAUAAUACAGUCAUUACGAGGUGCCACAUCGAUACAGGAGAUGAUGCUAUCUGUCCAAAGACAUACACUGGGCCACUUUAUAACUUGACAGUGAAAGACUGUUGGAUUCGAACGAAAUCUUCAGCAAUCAAACUGGGUAGUGCUAGUUGGUUCAAUUUCAAGGGUCUGUUGUUUGACAAUAUCACAAUUGUAGAUUCUCAUAGAGGGCUAGGAUUUCAGAUACGUGAUGGAGGAAAUGCAAGUGACAUUACGUUCUCGAACAUAAAUAUAAGCACAAGAUACUAUGAUCCAUCAUGGUGGGGAAGAGCAGAGCCUAUAUAUGUGACAACCUGUCCAAGACACCCAAAGUCAAUGGAGGGUUCAAUAUCUAAUCUGGCUUUCAUUAACAUCACUGCAAAUUCUGAAAAUGGUGUCUUCUUGUCGGGUUCUAAACGUGGGCUUCUGAGAAACUUGAGAUUAAAAAAUGUGAACCUCUCUUACAGAAGAUGGACAAACUAUGCAGAUGGAUGGGUGGAUUACAGACCAGGAUGCCGGGGACUUGUUCAUCACACAACUGCCGGGAUCAUCAUGGAACACAUUGAAGGUUUGGAGGUCGAAAAUGUUUACAUGAGAUGGUCUGAUGAACAUUCAAAGCGCUGGAAUAAUCCUCUUGAUUUCAGGCCUUCGACUGUAAAUAACAUUUCUUUGAUCAAUUUUCAUUCAGGACUGUACACAGUAAGAGAGGUAGAGAGUGAAGGAGGGGCAUAUGCUUAGUGUAUUCUAUCCAUGGAAAAAAAUGGAGAUGGAUGGGUUAUUUUUCCACGAAAAUUUGGGUGCGCAUCCUUAUUUGAAAAUAAUGAAGGAUGUUGGCUGUUGUACUAUGUUUGUCAGCAUGGCAAUGAACAAUGUUAUAUCAUAUACAUAUUGGUGGGGUUUUAUGCUUCGA